CGGAAGCGGAAGUGCGCAGACGGCUGCGGCUGGGCCGAGGGCGGUGCGGGCGCGUCUCUGGCUGUGCUGGCGUAUCUCUAGAUCCUUUCCAGGAGGUCAGUUAUGGGUGUGAGAGGUUUGCAGGGAUUCGUGGGCAGUACCUGCCCACAUAUAUGUACAGUAGUGAAUUUCAAAGAACUGGCGGAACACCACCGAAGCAAGCAUCCUGGAUGUACUCCUACCAUUGUGGUUGAUGCCAUGUGUUGUCUCAGAUACUGGUACACUCCUGAAUCUUGGAUCUGCGGUGGCCAGUGGCGGGAAUACUUCUCUGCUUUGCGGGAUUUUGUUAAGACUUUUACAGCUGUUGGCAUCAGGUUGAUAUUCUUCUUUGAUGGCACGGUGGAGCAGGAUAAGAGAGAUGAGUGGGUGAAACGAAGACUAAAGAACAACAGGGAGAUCUCCAGGAUUUUCCAUUAUAUCAAGUCACAUAAGGAGCAGCCUGGCAGAAACAUGUUCUUCAUCCCCUCAGGGCUGGCCAUAUUUACACGAUUUGCUUUGAAGAGCCUGGGUCAGGAAACUCUGUGUUCGUUGCAAGAGGCCGACUAUGAGGUGGCAUCUUAUGGCCUCCAGAAUAACUGUCUUGGUAUUCUUGGAGAAGACACCGACUACUUAAUCUAUGAUACCUGUCCCUACUUUUCAAUUAGUGAGCUCUGUCUGGACAGUCUCGAUACUGUCAUGCUCUGUAGAGAGAAGCUCUGUGAGAGUCUAGAUAUCAGCCUGGCAGACCUUCCUCUUCUGGCCUGCCUGCUUGGCAACGAUAUUAUUCCAGAAGGCAUGUUUGAAAGCUUUCGGUACAAGUGCUUGUCUUCCUAUACCUCUGUAAAGGAGAACUUUGACAAAAAAGGGAACAUCAUCUUAGCUGUAGCAGACCAUAUAUCUAAAGUUCUUCGCUUGCAUCAAGGUGAAAAAAAGCUAGAAGAGAUGUUACCUUUGGGACCAAACAAAGCUCUUUUUUAUAAGGGUGUGGCAUCAUAUCUUUUGCCAGGACAGAAAUCUCCAUGGUUUUUCCAAAAACCUAAGGGUUUAAUAACUUUGGACAAGGAGGUGGGAUCCAUGAGUUCAGCCCCUGAAUCCAAGCAAGAAGUUCCCAUGUGUACCGACCCCGAAUCCAAGCAAGGAGUUCCCCUGUGUACAGACCCUGAUUCCAAGCAAGGAAUUCCCAUGUGUACCGACGCUGAAUCCAAACAAGGAGUUCCCAUGUGUACAGAUCCUGAAUCCAAGCAAGGAGUUCCCAUGUGGACAAAUCCUGAAUCCAAGCAAGGAGUUCCUGUGUGUACAGAUCCUGAGUCCAAACAAGGAGUUCCCAUGUGUACAGAUCCUGAAUCCAAGCAAGGAGUUCCCAUGUGGACAAAUCCUGAAUCCAAGCAAGGAGUUCCUGUGUGUACAGAUCCUGAGUCCAAACAAGGAGUUCUUGUUUCUACAGACCCUGAUUCCAAGCAAGCAGUUCCCGUGUGUAUAGAUCCUGGCUCCAAGGAAGGAUUCCUCCUGUGUACACAUCCUGAAUCUAAGCAAGGAGUUCCCAUGUGUACACAUCCUGAAUUCAAGCAAGGAGAUCCUGUGUGUACACACCCUGAAUCCACGCAAGGAGAUCCUGUGUGUACAUACCCUGAAUCCAAGCAAGGAGUUCCCAUGUAUGCAUACUCUGAAUACAGGCAAGGAGUUCCCAUGUGUACAUACUCUGAAUCCAAGCAAGGAGUUCCCAUGUGUACACACACUGAAUUCAAGCAAAAAUCACCUCUGGGUGCAGACCCUGAAUUUAAGCUAGAAGCACCUAUAUGUACAAACCCUGGAAUUAAUCAAGAAGACCUUGUGAAUAUGGAGCCUGAAAUCAAACAACAAGUAACCAUGGUUUCAGACCCUGAAAUCUUAAAGAUUGCUAGAGCACAUCACGUCCAGGCAGAGAGCUACCUGGUGUACAACAUCAUGAGCAGCGGGGAGAUCGAAUGCAGCAACACCUUGGAGGACGCGCUGGACCAGGCUCUGCCCAGCCAGGCUUUCGUCUACCGCCCCGUGCGCCAGCGCGUUUACUCCCUCCUGCUGGGGGGCGGCGAAGAUGGCGCCAGCACCUGCCCCACUGUCAAGGAGUGGUUUGUGUACUCUGGGAACCCACUGAGGCACCCGGACCUCGUCAGGCCUCUGCAGAUGAACAUUCCAGGGGGAACCCCUAGCUUGAAAUUACUGUGGCUGAACCAAGACGCAGGGAUACAGGCCCGGCGCUUGGACGCGCUGCUAGGCUGCUUCGACCUCUCCUCCUCGAGAGAAGAGCUGCAGGCGGUGGAGAAUCCCUUCAAAGCGCUGUGCUGCCUCCUGACCUACCUCUUCGUGCAGGUGGACACGCUUUGCCUGGAGGAUCUGCAUGCUUUCAUUGCUCAGGCCUUGUGCCUCCAAGGAAAACCAACUGUGCAGCUCAUAGACUUACAGCUUGACUACAUCGACGCCCGAGCCGUGCAGCUUGGCUCCCUGCUGGUCCGCGGCCUUACCACUUUGGUCUUGGUCAACAGCGCGUGCGGCUUCCCCUGGAGGAUGAGUGACUUCAUGCCCUGGAACGUGUUUGACGGGAAGCUCUUCCAUCAGAAGUACCUGCAGUCGGAGAAGGGGUGCACCGUGGAGGCUCUGGUGGAACAAAACAGGUCCCGGCUGACCAAGUUCCACGCGCUGAAGUCGGUCGUGUGCAAGGCCUGCGUGAGGGAGAACCGGCGCAUCGUCAGCAGGCAGCACUGGCACUCCCCCCAGCCAGGCAGGUGGGGGAGGCAGGGAUCCGGCUCCCACAGGACGAGCUCCGGGUACAGCCGGGCAGGCCCAGGACAGCACUGGAGGAUUCAGGGUCCAGGAAAUAGACAGUAUGAGCCUGACCAUUGGAGAAGAUACUCCUCUUCCGGGUGGUCCAACUGACGCCCACCAGCUGGAAGAGGACAGACCCGCUCGCAGGUGAAGAAGGAAUCAUUGUAAACGUAGACAUUGAGCAUAAAGCCAGUACGGUACAUCUUGCUUACCUACAGCCAAGACCUAGAACGAGAUUGCUGUAUUUCACCUGUUACGGGCACACAGUACAGACAUGUUGAGUGAGGUGACCUGAACGUGGUAUGUGUUUUUAACUCCACUCUACUGUGCCGUUUACGUGGCACCAGGCAGCCAGGCGGAGCUGAGGGCGUGUGAAGAACUGCCUGCUGCCUCCCAGAAGCUUUGCUGUGGCUCCACCCCAAGUGCGGAGAUUCCCUGUAGUCUCUGACAGCUUGUAAAUGUACAGACCUUCGUGGGGAGAACGGAGAAACGAUGAACGCCUGUGUCAUCGAGGCCCUGCUCUGCGUGAAUCUGCACAGCAUGGGCCACAGCAUCUCCCGAGACAGGGAAGCCAACCCGGAAAGGACCGCGUAGCUUCGGGCAGCCGCCCUUGAGUCCCUUGUGCUUGGGUUACACGUGCAGUCGCAAGUUUCUUCCUGAGUGGUUGGCCCGGGCCUGGGAUGUGCAGGCCCUUGUGAAAGUUCGCUGUGGUCCUCAUGGCACAGCUGAGGUCUCUGUGGUCACUUCAAGAGCGCUCAGUUGGUGAGUGGGAAAGACUUGUUUUGUGGUUACCAUUGUGUUCCAGGGAACAUGGCCGGACCACCCUCGUGUGAAGGACGCAUCUGAGAACAGGCAGCACAGGGAGCCCAGCGGCUCCCGCGGGACUGGGACGUGGGGCCCCGUCUCACGUGCUUGGUUCAGCAGCGGUAGGGAUGGUGUGGUUGGUUGGGCUCAUCCGCUCUCCUUUGUGUUGUGACGCUGAUCUGUAAUACGCAUUUCGCUCUACCAGUUACCAGUGGUUAGUCUGCUGUUACAACAAGUGAAGACCCACUUCUUUGUCUCGGUUCUCAUUUGGCCCUGUUGUCGAAGUUCUACAGCUGGAAAGGCCUUGGGCACCGGACGUAGUCUGGCCAGGUCUCCUAUGGGCUCUGUACCGCCCCCUUCUCAAAUGUAAGUCUGUACACCCAUGAGAGGAAAAAGAAAGUGGUGAUUCCUGAGUCAGUCUAUUAAUUGUUAUUCUCGUGUUGUUUAAAUAUGUGCAAACAUGCAUCAGGGUCCUUAAUGCUCAGAGCUCUUUCUUAACGCAGCUUUCAUUCCAACACGUCAUUUAAAUAAACUGAAACUAGAUUCUGAGUCAAGUAGCGUUGUUACCACAGUCCCCCAGCCGCUCCCCGGGGGGGCGGCCAGAGCCCUCAUCUCUGGAGCUGCCGUGCUAGUGUCCACGGGAGGCAUAGACGCAGCAGAAGGCAGAGGCAGGGGACUGAGGGUGCCCAUGACGGGAGCCCUGUGAGUGCGCCCCUUCGUUGAACGGGCAGGGGUGCCUGGUGUGGCUGAGCCCACAGUGGCAUCUGGUGCGCUCGCCUGCACACGGGACUAGGUUUCAAGAGGGACGUCUGCCAUAUCCGUGAAUUUUUGCCACAAGAAUGACUUUGUGUGUUGUGUAGUUGAAAAUAAAGGGAAAGAAAUAA